AUGGCUGAACAACAGCGACGGUUGAUCGAUGCGAAUCAACGAGAAAUCGAGCAGCGAGAGCUGAGACCUGAGCGGGUGGAGAAUGCUGCUGCGAGAUUAGCAGCACUUCGGAAUGAGGUGUUACGUGAAGAGCGUGAAAUGGCACGUUUAAAUGCGAUUCAACGUGAAGCACGUGAAACUUUCGCGAGGCGGUUGGCGGCUGAGAAACAACUACAUGAAAUGCAGAAUACAUAUACGUCCCAAGAAGAUCAAUUGCGGACUGCCGCAUCUCGAAUCGAUUCACUCAAAUCACAGGUAAACAUUGGAAUGUGCUGCUCCACUACAAUAUUUGAAACAUAUCCGUACAAAAUUCACUAUAAAUUCUGUAUUUACUAUCGUCUGACCGCAAUGAUAGAGAUUACGGAAUUGGAUCUUUUGUAUCGACGUCGGAUGUCCGCAGUGAAUGCGGCACGUGCACAGCAAAACCGAUUCAACUCCCAAACCAACUCACUGAAUCGACCAAUUAAGAAAGAUAACAGUUCAAGAAUAAGCAGUGGUAGUUUCGGUGAAGCUGCUGCACCGUCAAGACCUCAAGCGUCGGUGGAGCCGUUCCAGAUCACACGUCCAACGGUCGUCGUAACGAAACCAUCAGAUGAAAAGCGAACGGUCAACACGUCUGUUGUUGUGGUACCUCCUCCACCCCUGCCUGUUCCGCCCACACCUCAGUCGUUGUCAUCUUUGUCCUCGCUUAAAACGGGCACCAACGUAAUUUCACCGCCCUCAAAGGAUCUCACAGAUCGGGUUGUUUUCCGUAAACCACUACUGAACGAACAACUGGUAGCGACUAAUCGUGAUGAGUCGCCAUCACCUCCGAAGGAUCCGUAUCCAUCGCUGACGUGCGCUCCUCCGGUCGAACGACCCGUACUGUUCGUGCAGAAGUCUGAGGCGAACCUAUCCACAUCUGUUCCAGUGGCCAGUGUGAAGAACAUGUCUGCACUGAGAAGUUCGUCAGCAAAUGUUGGCCAGCAGCAAUUGAGUCCGCAACAGAUUCUCUCAACGCCAUCCGCUAUUCCAUCGAUGACAUCUGCACAAUCACAGCAACAACACUCGAGAAGAUCCACAAAUAUGCACAAUUUAUGGAAUGAGGCUAAGAUUUUGGAUCAAGAAGCUUUGCUGAAUGCAAACGAUAAA